UUUUUGGCCCUGGUGAUGGUUUACGCGCCGUUGAGAUUGAGAAAGCGCGCACCUCGUACGCAGACGAUCUCGAAGGCGGCGGCUUUGGAUUGAUGCUUCUCGAAAAGGUGUGAUCUUGGAGCGGGUCGAUGACCGCGGAGGUAGAUGGGACGGCGGCUCAUGAUGGCCGGAGAGGUGGCGUGGAGUCGGAGCUGGUGGAGAGAGGGAAGAGGGACGGAAAGCCUCUUUUGGUCGAGAUCGGCAUCGCUAUUGCUCUCUCGGUAGCUGUGUUUCUCGUUUCCCAGUUCCGGCGGCGGUCCCGUCGUCCUCGCCCUUGUCCGCCGCCGCUUCCGAUCCCGUCUUCAGCUGGUGGGGAGCUGCGCACUAGCGAGAAGGAUACCGACGGAAGCCAGGAUUUCCGCAACCUAAAAAACGAAGAAGCUAAUGUAAAUGGCACGUCUAACACCACGACGAGGCUAUCUCCUACCAGUAACACCUCAAGCGACGCAGAGGGCUUCCUUUUGCCUGAAUUGAACGAUUCUUUAGUUAAGGAUUUUGAGGUGUCAAAUAUGGAGUGGCCAAAGGUGAAGGAAGAGAUCACGCGGCUAAGGGAGAUGGUUGCGUUCCUUCAGGAGAGGGAGAGAAAUCUUGAAUUCCAGUUGCUUGAUUCCCAUGGAGCAAAACAGCAAGAAGCUACCAUGAGAGAACUUGAGAGUCGGUUGAAGAUUAGUGUGAUGGAAUCUAAGAUGUAUAGUUUGAAGAUAGAAUCUUUGAAGACUGAAAACCAGAAGGUAGAAUCUCAGAUGGUGGACUAUGCGAUAAUGAAGAAUGAGCUUGGGGCUGCCAGAGCAAAAGUUGAGUUUUUGAAGAAUAAAUUUGAGUCGGAUAGGGAGAAGGAGAAAGAAAUAUUGGCCUCUCUUCAUGAGAGGAUUGUAUCUUUGCAGCACAGGGAAGAAAGCUAUGUAAAUAACAACGCAGAACUGGAAACCAAGUUGAAGAGCUUGGAGGAGUUGGAAAACAAAGUUAUAGAACUAACAACUAUUAAUUCAAGGCUUGUGGAGGAGAAAUCCAAUUUGGCAAAGAGGUUUGAAGCUCCACAAAGUUCCAAGCCUUCAGUCCUUGAAAGUACAAAGGUGGAAGAACUGCACGAAGUCAACCAACUGAGGAAAAUCAAUGAAAUCUUGAAGGAAGAGAUUGAACAAUUACAAAUGGAUAGGUGUGCAGAUGUUGAGGAACUGGUUUAUCUUAAAUGGAUAAAUGCUUGCCUAAGAUAUGAGUUGAGGAACUAUCAACCACCUGCAGGGAAAACAGUUGCAAGAGAUCUCAGCAAGAGCUUGAGUCUAAAAUCAGAACAGAUGGCCAAACAACUCAUACUGGAGUAUGCAAAUUCUGGUGCAGAUGAGGGAAGUCUAAAUCUUUUUGAAGCUGCUUCGGAGUAUUCUUCACAAACUUCUACAGAAGAACCUGAAGAUACUUCAUUUGAUACCUUAUCGCUAACACGGAGUUCCCACAGAGCAAAGUUUCUCAGCAACCUUAAAAACCUGGUAUUAGGAAAAACCAAACAUAAUAGCACAGAUUUUGCAGUGGAUGCAACAACACCAAGUUCAGCACGUUCAGAAAGAAAAGUGGAGGAUUUUCAAGAAAUGAAUCAGUUGUUGAAGCAUAAUCAAGAUUUUUCCUCUCAGAUAAAUUCUAGGCUGUCGUUGGACAUCCAAACACUUCAGAGGCUUGAACUGGAAGAAGCAAGCACACCUCAUUGGAAUGAAAAAGCAACACUUAGUAGAAACGAGCCACAAUCUUCUUUAGAACUGUAUCACGACCAAAAUAAUCUGAUUGCCCAAGAAAACACCUAUUUUCCAGAGAAAGCUGAGUUGAAGAAGUUUGCAGGUGCUUUGAGAAGUUCAAAGAGACACGUUCAGAAUUAAGGGAGGGUCAGCAUCCUCUAGAUAUUGAAGCCUAAAUAUUCCUUCACGCUUCAAUAGUUACUAGAUACACAAAUAAGUGUCUGGAUAUACACGUUUGACACACUAAUUGGUACAUAUGGCAGAUGCUGCCAAAUAUUCAUAAAUACCAUUAAACAUGUGUUAAAUUCUCUUGCUUUUGUUUUCUUAAUGAAACUAAAGGUUGUGGCCAUUUGAGA